GCAGGGAGGGAUGUGUUGUCUCAUUCAGGCAGCCCGGCAGACGCACGGUCCUCCAGUCGGAAACGCGCAGCCUCACCAUGGCCCUCAACAUACCCGGCGUGGCCGUCAUGAUGUUCUUCUACCUGCUGGUCCUGGGCAUCGGCAUCUGGGCUUCAUUCAAGUCCAAAAGGGAAGCCAAGAAGGGCCAUGGGGAUAAGACCGAGAUGGCACUGUUGGGCAACCGGGGCAUCAACCUGGUUGUCGGCAUCUUCACCAUGACAGCUACGUGGGUUGGAGGUGGAUUCAUCGUGGGCACAGCAGAGGCAGUCUACAACCCCUCCAUGGGCCUGAUCUGGGCCGUGAUGCCUAUCGCUGCGACCAUGUGUUUCAUCAUUGGUGGCCUGUUCUUCGCCGAGCCGAUGAGAAACAAUAAAUAUGUGACCAUGAUGGAUCCUUUCCAGAUCAAAUAUGGAAAAGUACCGACGGCUGCUCUGUCUAUGGCUUCGCUCAUAUCAGAGAUUAUGUGGGUAACAGGAACACUCAUAGGAUUAGGUGUAACCAUGAGUGUGAUCCUGAAUUUGUCCUACACUGUGAGCAUCUGGAUUUCGGCUGCUGUGGCCAUCACCUACACCCUGAUGGGAGGUCUCUACUCUGUGGCCUACACGGAUGUCAUACAGCUCAUUCUCAUUUUUAUCAGCUUGUGGAUGUGUGUUCCCUUCGCUAUGAUGGGCCCCGCUGUGGUGGACAUCUCUGAGACAGCCUACAACUCCACCUUCCUCGCUCCAUGGGUCGGCACUCUGGAGGCAGACAGAGCCUGGAGGUGGAUAGAUAACUUUCUACUUCUGGGUUUGGGGAACUUGGGUCUUCAGAACUUCCACCAGAGGACGCUGUCAGCGGCCUCCUCGUCUACAGCCAAGAUCACCUGCUUCGCUGCUGCGUUCAUCGUUCCCACACUAGGCAUCCCUCCCAUUCUCCUCGGUGCAGUGGCUGCAUCAACAAACUGGAACAUGACCUCUUACGGUUCUCCGUCUCCGUAUGACCGUGGGGAGACGGGACUCAUCCUGCCCAUCGUGCUGCAGCACCUCACCCCGACCUACAUCUCCAUCAUCGGUAUUGGGGCGGUGGCCGCCGCUGUGAUGUCGUCCACCGACUCCGCCUUGCUGUCUGCGGCCUCCAUCUUCACGGCCAACAUCUAUAGGAACAUCAUUAGGCCACAGGCAUCAGAGACAGAGAUCCAGUGGGUGAUCCGGAUCUCGGUGGUGGUGGUGGGCCUGGCCGGUACGUCUCUCACCUUCCUGGACAACAGCGUCCUAAUGAUCUGGAUGCUCCGGUCCGACCUCACCUACACCCUCAUGCUGCCACAGCUCGUCUGCGUCCUCUUCUUCAACAUCUCCAAUGCUUACGGGGCCGUCCUGGGCUGCGUGGUGGGCAUGCUGCUGCGGGUGUUGUGCGGGGAGCCGCUGAUUGGGCUGCCACCUAUUCUCAAAUUCCCAGGAUGCAUUCUGGUAAAUGGCGUCUACAUCCAGCGCUCCCCGAUCAGGACCAUUUGCAUGCUGUCUGCCUUGGGGUCCAUCUUGUUGUUCUCCUACCUGUCGUCUCUACUCUUCAACAAAGGCCUGAUUCCGGAGCGAUGGGAUGUUUUUGAUGUAAAGGCUAAGUACUCGAUACAAUCACAAGGUGAUGGCGUAUCCGAAUCCAAGGAGGAGAAAUCGAAAGAACCAAAUGAGAACAAUGAAGUAUGUGAACCUAUGCUAGAAUCAACAUGUUAAGUAAGAACGCUCAUUUAAGUACAUUUUUUACAUUAUACAUCAGUAAGGACUGGUUUAUUAACAACUGUUUGCAAUGUGUAACGACAUAAUUUUAACAGUACAAUAUAUUUUGAUUUUUUUGUAUACUUUUAUAUACAACAUAAACGGGAAAAAAAACAUCACACCUAUGCUCUUUGUUUUUAUAAGAGCUACGUUUUUAUUUUUCAUUGAUGGAUUAAUAGACAAUACACCCCUGGGCACAAACAUGUAAAACACCCCUCACUACCUGACCAGGAAUGAAAUGUGCAUAGUUGUUUCACUGCUUUAUGAGCAACGUUUUGCAGAUUAGCCAUAAGCGCUGCUGUUGAUUGAACUUUAAUUUCGUAAUAUGCAGAAGAAGAAGGAUUGUUUAAGCCACUCCCAAACUCCCACAUAUUACACACAAUGAUAUCAGUGCACACAAUUUAAUAGGAAACCUUUUAAGGAAACCUGCCGUGAAGGCUCUAAUCUUCUUAAAGCAGAGCUGCGCGGCUGUCAAACAUACAAACUUUGAUGUAGGCUUAUUGUACCCUUGGUUUGCACUGUGACGCUCUAUUAGGUUAGAACAGUAUAAUAACCAAAAUACAAUGAAAUAUCAGAUGAGGUCUGGUUUUGGCCGGCACUCAAUAUUUAACUGAGAAAAAAAAAAAACAUGAAUAAGACAUCACAGCAUUUGAAUGAGCUCUUUGAACUUCCAAAGACAAAUAUUAAUAAAAGUCACUUAAUGCAGAGGCUCACUGACCCCUUUCGGGCCCCGGGCUUGAGCCCGCGAGGCUCACGAGAUAAUCCCUCAAUGAUUUAAAAGGUAAUUUUAUAUUUGAACCCACAAAAUUCUUCUACUGGUAUAAGUCCUUAUUUUACAGCAGGCUUUGGCAUUUUCAAAACAAUGGCUUUCCACAGAAAAGUAAUGUUAAUAUUGAAACCCAGGCGUGACCAUGGGGUUAACACUGCCGACAUACCGCACCACUACUGAGCGAAUACAGAGGAAAACCAGCAGGGCUGCUUAAACAACCGAAUAAGGCCGACGGAUUUAAUUGCGAUUUAGUCUGGGCUGGAAGCAAAGGGGCUUCAGUGACAUAACGUUCCUAAUAUAAUCAGUUCAUUUUAAACAUUUUAAACCUUAUUUUCUUUACACGUGCACUUUAUGGUUUUAUAGUCUUGAAACAUUAUUUCAGGUCUAUUGUCAGGCUGUGGUCAAUGUGCCGCACUUGAAACACAACACCUAUAAUGUGGCAUGUCUUUUUUACACCACCAUUGAUGUUUUAAACAUUGUAAGGACAGAAAAGUUACUUAAAAAAAUCAACCAAACGUCUUAAAUAUCAAAGGGAAGUUCUUGUAUUUGAAAGCGAGCAAGAAGCAAUAGCCAACCAAAUCAAGAAAUAAAGCCAAUUACAGUGAUUCACAGGGGACUACUUUCUUUUAAAAAGCUUGUGCUCCCAUCCCCGAUCCGUGUCAUUCUUUUCAAAAGUCUGCCUCUCCCAAAUCUCGACAAAAAUUUUAAAAAAUAUUUCUGAUCGAUGAGACGUAAGUUAAAUAAAUACUGGACAUUUCCUUUAAGCACAUGGAAAAUAUUUGAGGUGUGCUGACACUAUCCCCCCCCAACAAAGGCACCCAUUCUUCACUACUGACUGCUGGCAUAAUUAAGCAUUAAUAGGUUAAUAUUAAAGUAAUUAAUACAAUAUGUUUUAGAAAUAUCAAAAUCUGUAUGGACAUAUAAAACGUUGUGGAAUUAAAGGAUUUACAUGUUGAAGUCCACACGACUUAAUCUGAAUCCACGCGUGUCCUGUAGGUUAAUGAUGACACACAAAAAUAACCACCCUCUGCUUCAUAACUCAACAUGGGAGUGUGUGGCAUGUCCGGGCUGUGACAGAUGUCCGUACAUGUCUCUCCCUCCUUUCCUCCCCCCACUGAUGUCCGUGACAAUCUAAGUCAGGUGACAAUAUAUCAGCGUGGUAUUAUCUGAGGUGGCAUCUCGCUCUCGACUUGUCUGUGUGCCAACAGCUCUAGUGGAACAAUCCUCCCAAAGGACACAGGAACACAGACUAGAGAUAAAGGUCUUCUAUAAUAAGACUGCACAAGUGCUGCUGUCAAAAGGACGGGGCCUCGGCUCCUUUGUUUUGAUGGUGAUGAGGUUCAGGAGGAGGAAUUUAAGUACCAGGGUGGUGAAAGGAUGGUGUGUCAGAUUAGUACUGCAUAAAUAUAUUGAUGUUCUUUUAUUUGUGUUGUCUGGAUUUUGAGGGUAGAGCUAUAGUGUUUCAUUAUGGUUUAAAUAUUAAUUCAGAAGAUUUGAAACUCCCAACAUGAAGCCUUGAAAUGUUUUGGCAAAAGAUUUGGCAAAUGAUUUCGGAAUGUGUCCGCAUCAGUAAUGAAUGUAAAGAAUGAUCUGAGUACUUUCCAAUUUAAACUUUGCACAGGACAUUACAGUUAUAAAAUGCAAAGAUUCUGACUAGAAAUGUUUUCUUUCGAACUGUAUAAGCUUUUAUCAUCCUGGAAAUCUGCUCUCUGAAAGUGAGAUGAAUAAAGACAAGUGUGUAGAAUUUUACUUUGAGCCAUAAAAAACUGGUUGUUAAAGAGGACAAACUAUUAAUAGAAGCUUGAGGAGUGGAACUAUUUGGCUUCUGCCACCAGUAAAAACACAUCAUUAAAGUUGACUUUUGUUUUUG